AUGCCGGUGAAAGAUCUGCUGGCGAGAAUUGAAGAAUUAAGGGAUGUGAUGACUUCAUGCCAGGAGAAAAUGUCAAGUCUAGUUAAGGAUUACCAAGUAAAUGUUUUACAAACUGCCGCCGUGAUCGCAGCGGCUAAGAUAACUGAGGAAAAAGCCGGGAUUGAAAAGAAAAGACAGCGCCUCAGAAAACAGAUCGAAAAAGAAAGAGAACGGAGCCAAGAAACUGUCAAAAACGUUUGCAGCAGCGCAGGAAAAACCAUCGAAGCCUUGAUUCGCGAUCAAGAAAAGGAACUCCGCGAAGCUGUCAAAUGCGCUGAACAACAACAGGAGGUGAGGAUUUAGCGCUCGUUUUUUUAUUGUAUUUGCUAGCCUUUUGACUGGCUAAAUACCCACUUCAAUUAAUCAAAACAUAUGCAAUAAUAACUUACUUAAAAGUAUUUUCAGAGCCCUCACCAAUUUUGGGGUUUUCGGUCAAGUCGCCCGAAAUUUUGAGAAGUUGCCCGAAAUGAUGGGUUAUGUCGCCCGGAAUUUUAUCACAUGCUCAACAACAUCCUAUCAUCCCUUUUACACAAUUAUCCUCAUCAUCACUUAAAGAAUGAGAUGUUACACAGUCAUCCCACUUUUUUCAUCCUAUCAUCGCUUAAAGAACGAGAUAUAUUACAAACACUUUUGAUUCAUCUUUACUUCUCCUUGUAGUACACGUGUUAAAAUUUCGGGCGAUAUAGCUCAGCAUUUCGGGCAGGAAGACCUUCGGGCGACUUGACCGGUUAUCAUUUCUGAUAUUUUAUACUACAGGUGUUUGUUUGCUUUGAAUACUGACUGCUGAAAUGGCUUGCUUUGUUGACCACAGAGAGGGAAAACUAUCUUCAAGUUUCUAACCUUUUUCCUAGCUGAAAAAACUUGCGGGUGAAUAAAAUCUUUAUCGCUUUAGGUGGAGAUAGCGGAAACGCAAGCGAAAACCGAUCAGAAAAUUACAGACAGGAAGCGUAAACAUUCUGCGCUUCAGGAAGAAUGUGAUGAUUAUGAAGAAGAUUUCGAAUGCGCAGACUGCGGAAGACGAAGCCCUUGCAUGUUUAUGUGUGACCAGUGCCACGCAACCACGUACUGCAAUGAACUAUGCCAAGAAAGAGACUGGGACAAUCAUCAAAAACACUGCACAGCAGAAGUUGACUAA